AUGCCCGAAUUGCAGGAUGGACGAUUCGUAGAUUCGUUCGGCCUGUCGGUGUUGCUUCACAUCGACAGUCCGAUAAACUUUAUCACCUGGAUUCUUGUUAAUUCAGCUGCUUCUUUUUUCAGGGAAUGGCGAUUUCAGACUUGCUCAUAUUUGGGACAAGCCUCUUACUGGCCUGGUGGAUUGAAAAACAGGGAACCGGACUGGAGCACGGCAUAUUACUUCAAUGAGGCAAUGUUUAUAAGUACGAGGCAGCUCGCUCGUGCCAUCGUUGGAGAUUCUAAGGAAAAUUAUGCGUACCAUUUUGAAAACGUCGAAAAAUUCAAAGAGGCUGUUCGUAGGUUACCAGCUGGUAAUUUUUUCGCAUAUUUUGCACUUGGCUUGCUGAGUUUUUAG